AUGGAGGCUUCAUUAUUGCAGGUAAUUUUAUUGACAUUGUCAUUGUAUGCAGUACAACCAGAGAAUUAUUGCCCUAAAGGUCAUCUCCAGCCUCUUGGAGGUCAUCGGCCACCCGAUGUGCCUAUUGAUGAAACUGACAUACCGCCUCAUCCUCGUACAUUCUGGGAGAAGUAUGUUAAACAUGGUAAACCGUUAAUUUUGAGGGGAGCUAUGAAACACAGCCCAGGGUUUAACCUAUGGACUACACAGUAUUUGAAAGAAAAGUAUGGUGAUUUGGAAAUUCGAUUAGAAGGGAAAGUUGAACGAGGAUAUGGAUCUCAGAUUCCUGCCGGUGUUAGAGGACUUGGACGAGACACUAUUGGUAAUUUUAUUGACACAUACCAAAAAGUGAACAAAUAUAUCGUAUCUCAGUUGCCGACGGCCAUGUACCCAGAAGUCAUGGUUCCUCCAUCUAUGCAGUGCGGCACUUUCAAAGACAGUUUGGUGGAAAUUGAUAUUUGGAUGAGUGCAGGAAACAGUAAAAGUGCUUUACAUAAAGAUGCAUUCAACACAUGGAAUUGUCUGGUUAGUGGAACUAAACAAUGGAAAAUGGUGGAAAACAAAUAUGAGCCGUUAAUUUAUCGAUCAUGGGAACCCGAACGAGCAAUUGGUGGUAUCUCGUUAAUCAAUGUGUCCAGUGUCGAUAUGAUAAAACAUCCAAAUAUUGCCAAAGUUAGGUGGUCUAACUUUACUAUACAUGCUGGAGACUGUUUAUAUUUACCGAGAAGUUAUUACCAUCAAGUCACUUCAUUCGGCGAUCCUAACAUUGCUGUGGCGCUAUUGUUUUCAAGAAUGACAGAUUUUGAUGACACUGGAUGUGACAAUGCUGAGUUGAAAUACACCCCAUUAAGUGAUAUGAUAGUGACAUGGAAUUGGUCAGGACAUGGGACAAUGACAAUGGGACAUAUGGACCAUCGUAGUAUAAUACAACAGUUCCUGAAGGCUGCUGAUACGUAUGGACAAUUAAAAAUUGAACAUCUCGAACAAGAAAUUGCAUUGACGAUACCCGAAGAAGACCUUGAUUUUGAUUAUGUUAAGACGCCAUUUGAUAUUCUUGAUAAAGAUAAAAAAGGUUACCUCACCAAAGAAGAUAUAUUGAAACUUGAUAUUGAUGUAUUACGUGAAUUUAUCCAAGCAAUGGAAGGAGUUGAACCAUCUAAUACUGAUCAUUUUGAAUACUCUCACAUUGAACUUCACAUUGUUGAAGAAUUAGAUGAGAGUAAAACGAGAGAACGUGAUGAGAAGUUAUUGAUAUUCCGUGAUGACAUACAGUAUGAACUGAAGCAACAACAGCAGAUGUUACUACAGGAAUUAGGAAUGAUAGAAGAGGAUUUAAUGAAUGGUGGAAUGGAUGCCGUGAAAGAUGAUGAAACUUCGUCGUUCCAGUUCAUAUAUAGUGACAAUUCUAGUCUUGGUCAUUGUAUAUUUCCAGACACGUCUGCAGAAGGAGCGUUCGAUAGUGUCAGUGUAGUGGAUACUAUACAGUAUGGCGAGAAACCAAGGCAAACUGUGAGAGCCAAUGAGAAGGGAGGAACAGUAAUGAACGUGGUACACGUGAUGGCGCCGUUUAACGAUAAACAAGGGUUGGUUACGCCCCCGGUGGGACUGCGUGAUAACCCGAACUGCACUGACAUGCGCGUACACAAGGGGCAGCAUAUCAAAGUUCCUAUACAUGUAGAGACUGAGUCAACCAAGAAUACAAAGAUGUUCGCGUCUUACGGAUCUAGGAAUUUUGGUAACCCCAUAGAUAAUGCAGUAUUUGCUCCAUUUGUUGUGACGUCACCAAUGAAAACUGACAAUUCAACGCCCAACAUUAAAUAUCUCAACAAAUUAAGUGACAAGUAUUCAAUUCAUCACCCAUCACCCGUAUCCAUGACUACAGGGAACACUGUCAUUUACAGAAUAAUUACACCUCGAAUAGACCGGUGGAAAAAACUACAGCGUCAAAAACCAAUUACAGUAUGA